GAAAUUAUUGCCUGGAACGCAUAUCCCGAAGAAGUGAGGAUAUCUUUGGCAAUUAAAUUCAAAUUAAUUCGUGAAUAGCCAUUUUAUUGGCUGUUACCUCCACUGUGGCUUUCCCACAGGCGGUCAUCGUCGGGACAUUCUCCCGACCUUUAUCCGUGUGUGGAGCUGUAUUUAGACAUCAUCAUUGCCGGCCAACUUCCGCGUCUUCAUUUACAAUCCAUUUCACGCCCCGCAUUCAUUCCUCCUUCCUCACAUCCUCUCUUAUUUCCUACCGCCCAUUCUUCAACAUGUCUUCGUCCUCUUCCAAGCCCAAGGUUUUGCUCCUUGGUGACAUUGACCAUGCUCACAACGAGUGGAAAGGCCUGAGUGAUGUCGCUGAAUUGGUUGAGCCUAAAUUGACCAAUCGCGCCGACUUCCUCAAGCAAUGCAAGGAUGGCACAUUCGACGGAGUGGUCGCUGUGUAUCGAACAUUUGGCUCGGCACAGUAUACAGGGUUAUUUGACAAGGAAUUGGUCAGCUCCUUGCCCAGCUCGCUGAGAUAUGUUUCUCACAAUGGCGCCGGAUAUGACCAAGUCGACGUACAUGCUUGCACAGACAAAGGCAUUCGAGUAUCCAACGUACCCACUAUUGUCGACGAUGCUACUGCCGACGUGAACAUGUUUCUGAUUCUGGGUGCUCUGCGCGGUUUCAACGCAGGCAUGAUUGGUCUCCGUGAAGGCAAAUGGCGGGGCAGCCCAUCGCCCCCGCUGGGUCACGACCCAGAAGGCAAGACCUUGGGCAUCCUCGGCAUGGGUGGAAUCGGACGCAAUCUCAAGAAAAAGGUCGAAGCGUUUGGCAUGAAGGUGCAAUAUCACAAUCGGCGGCCGCUGUCGGAGGAAUUAUCCGGCGGAGCAAAAUACGUCAGUUUCGAUGAGCUGUUGAGCACAUCGGAUGUCAUUAGUUUGAACUUGCCUUUGAAUAAAAAUACCCGGCACAUCAUCUCUACCAAAGAAUUCGAAAAGAUGAAGACCGGCGUCGUCAUUGUCAACACUGCCCGAGGCGCCGUCAUGGACGAGGACGCCCUAGUUAAGGCCCUCGACAAGGGUCUCGUCUGGAGUGUCGGCCUGGACGUAUACGAGGAAGAGCCCAAGGUGCACCCCGGCCUAAUCGCCAAUCCUCAUGUCAUGCUCGUUCCCCACAUGGGUACUUGGACUGUAGAGACUCAAGCAGCAAUGGAGCGCUUCGUCAUUGAGAAUAUUCGUUCGGCAGUGACUACCGGCAAACUCAAGUCUCCUGUCCCCGAACAGGCAGACAUGUAAGAGACACUUCUCAGCAGGACUGCUCCAUAGGGUACACAAAAAAUAUAUAUAUUUCCAUUAGCCAGCUGGAGUUGGAUACGUGGAUACAUGUAUGGAUACAUAUAUCAGAAUUCAUAGACGAAUCGAUGGAAUUUUCACCCUCCA